GCAGUCUAUUCUUCAGCAGAUCCAAUCAUCACAUACUAAGUAAGCUCCAGCUGCUAAUCUUUCUCUCUGAAUUCUCCAUCACACAGUAGACAUCAGCAGGAGUAGUACUAGCUAGCUAAGCUCAAGAAUGGUGCGGAAGCCGACGAGUAGUAGAAACGGCGAGGCGGCCGCCGCCGCCGCCGCCGGCGGCGCGGCGGAGGAGAAGGAGAGGAAGGGGCUGUGGUCGCCGGAGGAGGACGAGCGGCUCUACACCCACAUCACCCACCGCGGCGUCUCCACCUGGAGCUCAGUCGCUCAGCUCGCAGGAUUGAGGCGGAGUGGCAAGAGCUGCAGGCUGAGGUGGAUGAACUACCUGAGGCCUGACCUGAAGAAGGAGCCCAUCUCCGAUCGAGAGGCGGAGACCAUCCUCUCCCUGCAGAAACUCCUCGGCAACAGGUGGUCGGUGAUCGCGGCGAAGAUGCCGGGCAGGACGGACAACGAGAUCAAGAACUACUGGAAUUCCCGCAUCAGGAAGCGUCAGUCCGCCGCCGCCGGAGCUAAAGGCGAGCCGGCGCCGGCCACGGUCAUGGAGAAAGAACCGACGGCCAAUGCGGCCACCGUGGCGGCGGCGCCGGAGGCGGCAUCUCCUCCUCCUCCUCCUAUCCCGGCGCGGCUCCCGAUGUUCUCCUGCCAACUGCUCGACGGAGGCGGCAGCGGCGGCGCCACCGCCACCACACAGUCGCCGCCGAACGCCGGUUCAUCGGAUAUCAGCGAGGUGAGCGCCUGCGGCGGCAACGGCGGCGGCGAGGACUCCUCCCGUGACUACUGCUUCUCCGGCGGCGACGUCGACGGCGACGGCGACAUGGUCCACCUCCUCGCGCUCGAUGACCUCGACUUGCUCGUCGAUGUCCCCGGAUUGCUCGACGUUGAUGCGUGGGAUUGCGAGCUGUACCGUGCAGAUUAUUCGACGAGUAGAGCUCGAUGAGUAAUUGAUGAUCAUCUUGAGUGUGAUUACUGAUUAGCUAGUUGAUUACUAGCUCAGCUCGCAGCCAGCCAGCCUGAAUCAGAAGCUACCUAGCCAGCCAUCCUAAGUGAUGAUGUUCAAAUUAAGUUGAUUUUGUAAUUCGGUUGAAUUCUGCUGUACUUAUAUAUUUGUUCAAAUAUGUAUGAAAUUGCUAGAUUUUUGGGAUA